AACACCGCAUAUCGUGAUACCUUUAGAGGAGCGAAAAUGUUAUCUUCCAGAUUAAGUAGCAUCCAUUUUCAUGUCCUUUUUAGAUGUUCAGAAGAUUAAGGCAGCUGCAGGUCUUGGGCUUCUUUUUAUGCUUCGAUAUUUGGCGAAAUAAAUGGAGCAUUUCGGUUUGUUUCGCAUCGAGAUAUCGGCGGGAAAACUUGUAAACAAACAAAGACUUUCCAGCGUCAUUAUCUUACUUUAGGCCCAGGUCCAACUCGUAUCUUUUAGCCAAAUCCCGUCUUUUGGCCAUCUCGCUUUUGUACUAGACAACUUCACCGUUUCGCGCUAAGGUUAUCUACACGUCUUUGCCGUCUUAUAAAAGCGGCCAAUAAAUUGUUCUCAAUGGAACCAAGCUGACUACAAAAAAUAAUAAUAAAUAAACAAAACACUCUGGUCAAACGCGGUUUCGCCCAAGCAAUGCUAAACCAGGUCAAGCGAGCAUCUAACACUCGCUACUCGUUAAAAAUUCAUGGACGAUCAGAACACCAGCAAAAACAAAAUGGACGGACUUGAAAUAAUAUUUUUAGACUUUGAUUAGAAAAUGGACCUAUUGGAAAAGUGAUUCGUGAUGAAGCUUACUGUGAAUAUAGGGGUUUUGGUCAUUCUGGAUGGUUACGCGAUCCUGAUUGAUGAGUGAUGGCGAGUUAUCUCCUUAUUUUGGUAAAGCUCUUUGCUCUCCUACCUCUUAGCACUCUCGUCGCCCAUCCAGCGGUCCUUAAAGGGAAUAGCAAUGUCCCAAUGUACACGAGACGGACAAGACCUCGCAGUGAGAUAGACUUAACAACAGACAAGCAGGUACUGAUUUGCGCUGGUCAGAACAAGUCCCUGGAAUGCGUGUCGCCUGGCUCAAGCAUCUCUAUCAUGGACACGUUCUGGGGAAGACUCACCGACAAGCUGUGCCCUUCAGAGGAUGGUGACCCCUCGACGGACUGCAUGUCGGAUCCCGCCACCACAGGGCUUGUCAAGCAACUGUGUGAUAAUAAAGUAUUCUGCCAAGUCGCCGCUCGACACACCGUGCUGCAAAGGCCUGGGACCCAGCACUGCCCCGGGAUCAACAAAUACCUCAUCGUUAAUUACACGUGCAUUCCUGAUCAGCAUAAGCUCGUCCUGUGUAACGGAGAGACGACCCAGUUGCAUUGUGGCCAAGGAUGGAAGCUCAACAUCUUGACUGCUUUCUGGGGCAGGACAUCAGUCCUUACUUGCCCCACUCCUCUGGAUCACCCAAGCCGGUUCGCGACUUGUCAGAAUAUGAACAGUACAACGGCGAACCUGCAGAGGAUAUGUCAAGGAAGGGCGGAGUGCAUUGUGCGCGCGGAUGAUUUGCAUAUGGCGCGAGGGAAAUCGUAUUGCCCGGAUGUUGAGAAAUACGCUAUGCUCAGCUACAGAUGUCAACCAAGUGUCAAUCAAGGCGUUUUCGCAGACGACCUUUCCCAGCAGCCAUCGCAAGCAGGCCCUCAGUCUGAAAGCCCAGAAUCCUUAGCGAACUCACAAGGUAACAGUCACGAGAUGACUGAAUUUGAGCACACAGAGCUUCAACAGCAUGACGGGAACGUGCUCCAGCAAGCGCUAGCGGUACUAGGAACCACCGCACAAACACAUAGGGGACACAAAGCAGACAAAGACAAUGGGGACAACUAUAAUCACGCGGAUAAUAGUCAAAUACAGGGAGAAAAUGGACAGAUUCAUGCACAGAACGGGCAGACCCAUUCAAACAAUGUGAAGACUCCGACACGGAAUGGGGAAAGUCAGGACCAGUACGACCAGACUCACGCCCAGAAUAACGGAAAUAUGAACCUUGGAACACCACAGCAGCAGACCGAGCUUAGGAUAGAUGCAGCCACAUCGGCCGGUAGAGGUGUGAGCAACAACGCACUGGCUGCUCUUCUCCAUGAGUACCUCGUAACUCAGGCGCGUAAUCACGCUAAUGAAACCGCUGACAAAGAGCUCGCAGUACCGCAUGAUCCUCACCCUACGCCUCUCCUUCACAGUGAUAAGAUCUCUGUGCCUCAGGACAACAAGAAUGAGCCACUGCCGAAGCACUACGAGAUACUAAAAAAGAUCCUACAAAACAAGCAUCUCUCAAGGAUAACUAGCGAUGAGUUGGUAGGAAAUGUGACGUCUGUACUUCAGACUUCAACGCGGCCUAAUUUUGGACGCCGUCCGACAUCGGACAACCAGGCGGGAAAUGGGUCAAGCGGACCUCCUCGUCCGACAAGUGGUCAGUCUACGAGUCAUGUGACACACACCCCUAGUGGGGGAAUUGGUGGGAGUCAAGCCGGAAAUGCUUCGAUGACGUCAUCGUCUAAAAUUAUCAAGUUGUUGAGUGAGUAUUCGCACAAGAAUGAGGACGAAGUGAAAGCGCUACUUUGGAAGCUCAAGGACAAUCUUGAGCAACGUAGACGGGCUAAGAAACAAGGGAACACCGUUGCUGCGGUGAAACCUAUAGCUUCGAUCCUGACGAUUCAACACCAAGCGCCCGUUAACCUGCCUAAUGGAAACAGCAAUCAGCAAAGUUUAGGACAGGCUCAGACAAGUAAUGAGGACAACAGUAGGGGAAGUGAAGGAACGAGUAAUGACCACAUGGACGGACUUUUCUCACAGAGCAAACCCACAAUGGACAACAAACAGACCCAGUCAAGUCUAUCAACAGCAGAUAUCCAAGAUUCUUUGGGUAACACAAAAAUGCCAACACCCCAAACCGCAAGCCUUGGAGGUACGGUGAAGGGUACGACGUUCUACGAGAAGUACCUUAAGGCAGCUAUGAAGGAAGAGGCCGAAGGAGCGAUAAAACAAGAGCAAAAGGGGCAGGCAGCCCUUAGCGCACUUAGUGAGAAGGUAAAAGCACUGCAGACCAUCAGCGAUGCACUCAAUCUGCUCACAGAGAGAAUAACUCCUGAGGAAAAUGGAGGCAAACGGCACGGCACCGAAACACUCGACAAUGUGGAUCAAAAAGAUAUUGAUUUCCUGCAGAAGAAGAUCAAUGACGCCAUCGAUAUGGCGGAGUCAAUGGGCCGGCAUGAGAUUGCGCAGAACCCGAAUCUCGUCGCGCUGAGGAUCGCGGGAAGAGUUCCUCAGGAUGUUACAGGGAGUACAAGGAACACUGUUCAGAAGGAUAUUCAAGGGAUAGAGGAUUCGUUGAAAAGUUUUGUAGAAAGCGUCGAGGCGACUGGGAACAGCGAUAGAAGGUCUGCACCGACUGUCAGUGCGUUUAACAAGCAGAGUACGAGUCUCAUGAAAACUACCGAGCCGACUGUUGCUAACAAACAUCAGUAUUCUUCAAUGAGUAAACAAGAAGGAUACCCUUCGUUGAAACAGGAAUCGUCCGAAGCCAGCUCGACUGUAACCGAUGGUUUCACGAAAGCAGCCGACCCCAUCACGAAAGUAACCAAGGCAUUUGAGAAAGCAGCAAACCCUGCUACUUACUCAGCCAACCCCAUCUCAAAGUCACCUGACCCUGCUGCGAAGUCAGUCAACACCGUUACGAAAACGACCGAUAACUCUACGAAAAAUGCCGAUUCCGCUACGAAGGCAGCCGACACAGUGGCGAAUGGACAAAGACGGGGAAAGACUGAUAUGGAAGAGAUGACAAGUCAUUUCGUCAGUAAAAACUUCACUGUUGCUCUUCAGCCGGUUACGACGUUUCAAGAUUUCAACGAAGUUAAGGUCGGAGGUCGCAUAAAUAAUGAGAUCAUUAAAGAGAAAGAGAAGGAGAAACUCUACAAAGGACAAAGCGUAGAUGAUUUGUUGAAAAUGUUGAAGAAGAAGCGUCCAAGUAGCAAUGUGCCUAUUCCAGUGAAUGUGUCAACUCCAGUGAAGGUAAAAUCACCGUUUACUGGUAAAAGGCUUGACAAUAACACACUUUCUCUGAUGGAAAGAGUCGUACAGCAUCUCCUAAAAGACGAGAGGAAAGCAAAAGAGCUAAGAAAGAAACAUAAACAUGAGCACAAACCACAGAAGGACGAUGAAGAGAAAGAUGAUGAUGACAAAGACGACGAUGUCUACUUUGACUUCGAUUCAACCCCUCGUUUUACCGGUCAAGAGCUAGACGCACAAAAUGCCGGGAAGAAAGACAAACUAGACAAAUCUUUGCUAGAGGAAUUAGUUGAGCAGUUGGAUAAGGCACAAAGCCUAAGUACCAGUAUUAACGGAGUUCCUAGCUCAAUGCGCGGAAGCGACUAUGACACAAUCCGAGUUCCAACAGACCAAAAGCCAGACAACAAAUCUGACGGAGUGGCGAACAUGCUUGAGCCAGCCAAGAAGCCAGCACACAUUACAAGCGAUGAUGACCUUAUGGAGAUCGUUAAUAAGUAUGUUGGGUCCGCCGCUACUAGUGGGACGGUACAGAAUGACCUUAAAGUCAGUGAAAGCGCCAGUUACAAGCCGUCUAGCUACAAAGCUGAAGACGCCGAAAAGACGUCGCUCAAACCUCAUGCUAUCACCUUCAGCGCGGCCGAGAUGUCAGGGAAAAUUGGCACAAAUGAGGAUGAGCCGGGGCCUACCAAAAGUGCACCUAUUCUGGCCGAGGUCGCAGGCGGAAAGAUCAUAGAGUCGCAAACUGGCGGACUUGAGCCGAUGGCGAAAGAGACCUUUGCGGUCAUUCAUCUCAAACCAACUACAAAGUCUACAACAAGCCGGGUCAUGGAUCCGACAACUCGAGCCAACAUAGGUAAGCAGCGUAAACUAAAGAUAAGUAAUCUCGUCAAGGGUGUGCGAAUGCUUUUGAAGGCGUUAAAAAAGAUUUCACCUGAACACAACGAGGGAGAAAGUACAUCGGAGUAUCGAACCCGAGAUGCGCAACUCGACAAGCAUCUGAAGGAGCUUGACUCUGAAUUCGAUGACGUACCGACCAAGGGAUAUUCGGACUUCCAGGAUAAACACGGGAAAGACUGGUAUUACGGUAAAUACAAAGAUGAGGUGCUAGGAGGAAGUGCCACACCCAAGACCCCCUCAGGGUACGGGUACUACGAGUAUGGGGACAUGAACCAGGAUCCGUACUACCAGACAAAGGACAAAGGGAGUUCACUGUACACAGGAACCGCUUUGCAGGGGGAUCCUAUCUACCCUGGCCCCACCCAACAGGGAAACUCUAUGUACCCUGGUACCACCCAGCAGCUACUGGACUAUGAUGCUCAAUAUGAUAAAAGCAUCAUCAAGCAGUUAUCGUCCAGCCUGGGUGAAUACUCUACAGUAGGGACUGGUGACAAUACGCGGGAAUACACAUCAUUAGGGACCGGGGAUAGCGCGCAAGCUUAUUCCCCAUUAAGUACAGCGCCUUUCUAUGAUUAUGGUUAUCGCCCGCAGAACUAUAAUUUUAUGAAUCCCGAAACUCGUGCGUCUCUUGACGCGCCUAAUGCGCCGAAGCUCCCGAAGAAGAUACGACACGCGUUAAGCAAAGCUCUGAGGAGCGACCCAGUUAUGAAGGUCGUUGAGAGCUUUGCUAAGGAAGAAACGCACCUCAUGAAUGAGAGGCUAAAAGGUGUAACCAAACAUAGUAGAAUAGCGGAAAAACACGUGAGAAAUGAUUGACAGCACGUGGUUUACCGUGGCAAAGGACAAACACAUGAGAAAGGGCUGAUAACACGUCAUAUCAAGAAAGACCUUAUAUGGUCACUUCCAUAUAAGGAAACUAAUAUAUUCCUUAUUUGGAAAAAAAAUUGCACGAUUCUUGUCAUUUUAAGGGCUGCCGUACCGCAGGUGUUUCGCAAACUUUGUGAAUUGUAUUCAGAAGAGAAAAACAGUGACUGUGACCAUCUUUAGGCAAUGGAGAAAGCCUCUGAAAAGAAACGAAAAUUCCUCGGUACCAGUCCCCUAAAACGACAACGGCUUCUCCAUAUGGUGGCGUGCACGUAAUCAAGGACAGAAAACUUGACCAUCUAGCGGUAAAACAAGUGGAAAAGGACUAACAACAUUUGGUGUUCACGUGAUAAUUGAUUGACAACUUCACCUCAUAGCGGGAAAACACGCGUCGAAAAACGUAGUAUGCACGUUAUAGAUACUGAAGAAUGAUGUUAUUAGACGAGGGAGCUUGGUGAAAGUAUGUAUCAAAAUAGAUGCCAAACGCUUGCUGGGCAGUGUCAUGCUCAACGUUUUUUUUUACAAUAAAUAAAUAAAUAGAGUAAAAGUCA